AUGUGUUUGCCGGCGGUAAAUACCUUCUUUGAUCGGUGCCUAAACACGCUAAAGAAAUACAACAUCAAGGUUAUACCACUACAGGACCGAUCGAUGGCUCCAAUCAUAAAACUUGGCAAGGAUUGUGUGGAACCAAUGGAUACCGCUGGUGUGGUGUACCAACUGCAAUGCAACAGCUGUGAUACUCGUUACGUGGGCGAGUCAAAAAGACCUUUAAAAACGCGAAUAAAAGAACAUGAGCGAGCCUGCAAAAGCAAAAAUCAUGAUUCGGUCGUGGCGCUUCAUACCUUACGCAACCCCGGUCAUGAUAUGAGGUGGGACCAAGUUAGGAUUUUAGACAGAGAAACAAAAUAUUGGCCCAGAAUGAUCUCGGAGAUGAUACAUAUUAAUAACCAACGCAAUGUUUUGAACAAGAAGGAAGAUAUUGACAAACUCAACAGAGUUUAUUUCAACAUUUUAAAAUAA